AUGGCGUCCGAACCCAACUCCACGAUAACCGUCGAACAGCUACCCGAGCUCCUCAAAGAUGAUUUGGCAGUCAAGGUCGCUGGUGUAGACGUGGACGGCCUGUUGCGCGGCAAACUCAUGGCCAAGAAGAAAUUCCUUAGCAUAGCGAAAGAAGGCUUUGGCUUCUGCAGCGUCAUCUUUGGCUGGGACAUGCACGAUCAGACAUACUUCCGCGAACUGGGCAUUUCAAAUAAGGAGAACGGAUACCGCGACUUGAUUGCCGUGCCAGAUCUAUCGUCGUACCGGAGGAUACCGUGGGAGGACAAUGUGCCCUUCUUUCUCAUCAGCUUCCAUGACCCUGAUACGAACGAGACACUGAGCGCGUGUCCGCGCAGCCUGUUGAAGCGCGCGGUAGAUAAGCUGAAGGAGAAUGGAUAUGGCGCAAUGGCAGGAGCCGAAUAUGAGUUCUACCAGUUCCGCGCCCCGCAAGGCCACGAUGGAUCAGAGAGGAAUUCCUCCAGUACCGCAGCAUUCCUACGCGAAAACCCUGUCAAUGCGCUCCCGAGUCUGACGGAGGGCAUGUUCGGAUACAGCAUAACGCGGCCAGUACAUAAUCAAGAGUACUACUACGGCAUCUUCGAUAGUUGCGCCAAGUUCAAUUGCGGAAUUGAGGGGUGGCAUACAGAGUCUGGGCCGGGAGUUUUCGAAGCUGCCCUCGAAUUCGGCGAGAUCCAACAAAUGGCAGACAAAGCUUCCCUCUUCAAACUUGUCGUCAAAUCCCUCGGCUCCAAAUUCGGCAUAACGCCUUGCUUCAUGGCGAAACCGCGCGAAGGCCUCCCUGGAAACAGCGGCCACAUGCACGUUUCGAUCGUUGAUAAAGAGGGCAAGAACCUGUUCUACCGCGGCGAAGAAGACAAAGAUGCGCCAUACUCCGACAUCCGCUACCUAUCCGACCUAGGUAGGCAUUUCCUAGCGGGCUUGAUCGAGGGACUGCCAGAUAUUAUGCCCAUCUUAGCUCCGAAUGUGAACAGCUACAAGCGUUUAGUAGAGAACUUCUGGGCUCCCGUAACCGUUUCGUGGGGUCUCGAGCACCGCGCCGCAUCAAUCCGCCUCAUAUCCCCACCUACUGCCUCCGCAAAAGCCACACGUUUCGAAGUCCGCGUCCCUGGCGCAGACACCAAUCCACACUUCGUCCUCGCUGCCAUCUUAGCACUCGGCUGGCGCGGCAUCGAGAAGAAGCUCGAGAUCUCGAUACCACCUUUGGGCAAGGGCGAGGAUGUGGGUGGGGCAGCGGAUAAGGGAGAGAGACUGUCGAAGAGUCUCAAGGAGGCGACAGAGAGGUUCAUGCGCAAAGAGAGUAUAGCGAGAGAGGUAUUUGGAGAUGAGUUUGUGGACCAUUUUGGAGGGACGAGGCAGCAUGAAAUUAGGCUUUGGGAUGAGGCAGUUACGGACUGGGAGGUUAGGAGGUAUAUCGAGACGGUUUAG